AUGGCAUCAAGGCAACCACAGCAGGAACGAGCUGAAGCAGCAGCAAAACUUGCUGCAAGGGAUCUUGAGGAAGUUAACAGAGAAAGAGAGCGUAAUUUGGGAGCUGAGGACCAACAACAACUGGACCAACAGAAGCGCGGUGUAAUUGGGUCGGUCCUAAGGGCCGUGCAAGACACCUACGAGAAUGCUAAGGAAGCUGUUGUUGGCAAAAAGGAACCUGCGGAUUCGUGUACUACAGAGGUUGUUCAUCAUGUCAAUGUUGAUAAUGAUUGUGUAGGAACUGGGGAAGUGAGAGACAUAUCAGCAAACAAGUCUCCUGGAAUCUAUGAUUCUGCCACAGGAAAGGCCAAGGAAGCCAAAGACCAAGCAGGUUCAAAGGUUGGAGAAUACACUGACUACGCGUCUCAGAAGGCCAAGGAAACAAAAGAUGCAACAAAGAAAAAAGCGGGAGAGUACACUGAUUACGCGUCUCAGAAGGCUAAGGAAGCUAAGGACAAGACAAUGGAGAAGGGUGGAGAGUACAAGGACUAUGCAGCUGAGAAAGCAAAGGAGGGAAAGGACGCUACAAUGAACAAGAUGGGUGAGUAUAAGGAUUACACUGCUGAGAAGACAAAAGAAGGGAAGGAUGCUACGAUGGGGAAGCUUGGAGAGUUAAAGGAUUCAGCUGCUGAUGCGGCUAAAAGGGCUAUGGGUUACUUGGGUGCCAAGAAAGACGAAACCAAAGAUAAGGCUUCAGAGACUGCGGAAGCAACGAAGAACAAAACUGCAGAGGCCACUGAGGCUGCGAAGAACAAGGCUACUGAGCUGAAGGAUGCGGCUAAGGACAAGGCUGCAGAGACUACUGAGGCAGCCAAGCAGAAAACUGCAAAGGCAAAGGAGAACCCCAAGGAGAAUGUGGGUGGAGCAGGUGAAGAAGCUACUAGGAGGAAAAUGGAAGAACUGAGAAUGCAAGGUAAAGGAUACGGGGAUGACGAUGCAAAGGGUGGAGAUAAAGUUGUCUUGAAAGUGGAAGAGAGUCGGCCGGGGGCGGUGGCGGAAACGCUGAAAGCGGCGGAUCAGAUGACGGGUCAGACAUUCAACGAUGUGGGACGGUUUGAUGAAGAAGGGGACGUCAAUGUGGAGCGCCGUAAUAAAUAA